AUGUGCUUCGCCCGGUGGCCGGCUGGGGCCGUCGGGCUGUCUGCGUUUCCCUUUCAUGUCGGCUUAUCGCCUGAUGAGCAACGAUGCGCGAGAAUCGUCCGCGGCGCUCAGAGCGUGCCGAGCUUGGAGGGUUCUUGUAAUGAUCGCGGGGAAGAGGAUCACGCAGGAAGGAACCAAAUUUUAGAAAAUACCUACGCGUCUGGAAGUUUAUGCGAUCGUCGUAUAAGCCUUUUGCUCUUGGUCGGUGUCCACUGGUUCUCGGUGCCUGUGCAAACCUUCAUAUCUGUGGCGCUGCGUUCCUGGACGACUGACGUGCAUUUUGACGCUGAGGCUAAUAAGUACAGUAUCGGCGCAGAAUAUCCCGCUUCCGCCAAUGCUAGCCAACUCCGUGAAAGCGGGGGGAGAUGGUCAGGAACGCUGCAUACAAAGCUCGAACCCACGGUGCUCGCGUGCAGUUGCGUUAGACGAUGCAUCGUUCUCGACAUUACGUCAACCCUAAGACGGAUACUGGUUUUGGCGCACGCGCAAAUAGACUCGGGCAACGUCGAGCGGCGGGAUCCUGUUCAUUAUGCGGAAGAGCGUUGUUCCGUCGGAGAUCUGGCUCUCACAGGGACAGCAUCGUCCAUUGCGCAUGGCGAUGUUAUUACAAGUACCAAGUACAUCGACGAAGCGGUUUACCCGGAUAGUGGUUCGUCUGUGUCCCUCACAACGCUGAUAAGGUCUCAGUUAUUUGCAGGCAAGGUCGCCGCUCAGUUCAUCUUGAGGGCUUUUCAUAUCGGAGAGUUCCACUUGGUUGAGAUGUUAGAAAUCCGUGUAUCGUUUCAAGGCACAAAGGUUGAAUACGUUAAACCUGCACUUCGCACGAAUUGGCAAAACCUUUGUAAUGUCGUCGGGGGGAACCUUGGAAGGCUCUGGCUUCUUUCCUUUCUACUCUGA